AUGACUAUUGCUUUGACCCCCGUCAUCAACUCGCCUCCAAAGCCGACUUCGUUCAAGCUUCCUGAUCUUGUAUCCCAUUGUAAAUUUGCGUUGUCCUAUAACGUCAAUGGUGAUGAAGUCGCUCAACAGUCCGUUGACUGGCUUGACACUAACUGCCCGGAUCUGAACCCUAAACAACGGCUGGCUCUACGUGGACUGCAAGCGGGGGAACUCACGGCUUAUUGCUACCAUAGUGCAUCGGCAGAGCGACUACGUGUCGUGUCUGAUUUCAUGAACUACCUUUUCCAUCUUGACAACAUCAGCGAUGGAAUGAUGACUCGGGAGACUAACGUCUUAGCUGAUUCCGUCAUGAAUGCUUUAUGGUUCAGUGAUGAAUACGUCCCCACUAAAGCAGCGGGACGCAAAGAGGAGCUUAAUCCUGGAAAGCUUGCCAGAGAUUUUUGGGCGCGUUGCAUUCCAGGCUGCGGCCCUGGUGCACAAGCUAGGUUCAAAGAGACAAUGUCACUUUUCUUCACUUGCGUGAACAUUGAGGCGCGAGCCCGUGAUGAGGGUAUUAUUCCAGAUCUGGAAACGUACAUCGACAUUCGCAGAGACACAUCAGGAUGCAAGCCUUGUUGGGCACUUAUUGAGUAUGCUCAGGACAUAGACCUUCCGGAUUUCGUUGUGGAUCAUCCUGUCAUUCAUGCUCUUGGUCAAGGCGCAAACGACCUCGUAACUUGGUCUAAUGACAUUUUUUCAUACAAUGUUGAACAAUCCCGAGGCGACACGCAUAACAUGAUCAUUAUCCUCAUGCAUCACAACGCCAUGACCUUGCAAGAGGCUGUGGACUAUGUUGGAGAGCUAUGCGCACAGACCAUCGAUACGUUCUGCCGAAACAAACAAAACUUGCCGUCAUGGAACCCAGAAGUUGACGACAUGGUUGCACGAUAUGUGCAAGGUCUCCAGGACUGGAUCGUGGGGUCUUUACACUGGAGCUUCCAGACACGCCGUUACUUCGGUGAGCAAGGAAUGGAGGUUAAGAAACAUAGAGUUGUCAAGUUGUUGCCAUUGAGGGUUUGA